UUGCACGGAAACUGACUGCGCUUCGCGCGGAUCUGUCGCAUCGGCGCUGGGACCCCCCGUGGCGGCGCCUCCCGCGCUCCGCGCCCCAGGGAGAAGGGGCCCAGCACGGAUCCAAGACAUCCGCGCGGACCGUCGAAAGUUUAUCCACCACCACUAAGCCGUGCAUCCUGCGGGACGCGUGGGCGGAAGAGCGCGCGAUUGGCGACUCUUCAGAAAAUCCAGCACAGAGAGCGAGCACGCGGAGCACCCCGCGAUUGCGAAGCAGGCAGCUGAGCGCAACGCGACUGUGAAGCAGAAAAUGAACCGCAAAACUGCUGCGAUUUGUGUUCCUCCAGUGUGGGCGAAAGGCCGCACAGCCCGAGGUGCUGCACGCUCCGAGGGCAGCUCUGGCCGCCCGGAGCCCCCUCUUCCCGCUGCCCGCCCCCGCACCUCCUGGCGCCCAGUGGCGUCCAGAGUUCGCAAGGCAGCAGCCCUGCCGUGGCCAGGACCGCAGCAGGAGGAGCAGGAGGAGGAGGAGGAGAUGAGGAGGAGGAGGAGGAGGAGGAUGAGGAGGGCUGGCCCUGGCAAGCCACGGUGGUGGUGUAUAGAUGCCUCCUGCGUCUGGGAGCGCAUGCGUGGCUGGAGUGCGCGCGCGUCUCCUGUGUGCUGAUGUUGCACAUCUGCUCUGGCUUCUGCGCCUGCGAGUGCCUUCCAGGCCUGCAUGAGCGCCGCCAAGUCGUGCCCGCGCUCCCCCGUACCCCCGCCCCCCCCAUCC